AUGGAGGAGACGUACCUUAUGAACCAUCCAGGAGUCAGGAAGAAGAUUCUGGCUGGAGGCACAGGACCACUGCCACACUUUCCUCCUGGGACGAAGCUGGUUUUCCAUUUCCAGACGCUGCUGGACAACUUUGAACGCACGGUCAUCGACGACAGCCGACUGGCCGGCAGACCGGCUGAGAUCUUUGUCGGGAAGAUGUUCAAGAUGGAGGUCUGGGAGACCCUGCUGACGUCCAUGAGGACUGGAGAGGUGGCCGAGUUCUGGUGCGACGCCACUCACACAGGAUUGUACCCCAUCGUCUCGAAGGGAAUGAGGCUGAUUGCUCAAGGGAAGGACCCCCUAGAGGGCCAGAGACACAUGUGUGGCAUGGGAAACAUGUUCCACUAUCACUCCACUGGUUUCCCAGAGCUGGAUGAGCUAAUGAGAACACCUCAACCACUCAUAUUUAUUAUGGAGCUGCUGCAGGUGGGAGACCCCAUGUCGUACCAGAGAGAGUCAUGGAUGAUGGAAAAGGACGAGAAGCUGCAGAUGGUGCCAAUUCUCCACAUGCAGGGCAACGCGCUGGUCAAGCAGAGACAGUUCAGGGAGGCCGCCAGCAAGUACAAAGAGGCUGUCCUGCUGCUGAAAACAGUCCAGUCCAGAGAGAUGCCGGGCGAUAUAGACUACAUUAAUUUGGGUCGAAUGAUCGUCCCCCUGGAGUUGAACUACUGCCAGUGCAUGUUGGAGCUGGAGGAGUAUUAUGAAGUUAUAGAGCACACCACCGAGCUGCUGGAGAAGCACAAAGACUGUGUGAAGGGCUACUACAAGAGAGCCAAGGCCCACGCUGCCGUGUGGAAUGAAAAGGAAGCACGGAGAGACUACAACAUGGUGGCCCACCUGGACGUCACCCUGGCCUCUCUAGUCAACCGAGAGCUGAGGGCCAUGUCAGAGCGCAUGAAGGAGAAGUACUGGGAGGAGAAGGAGAAAUACUGGAACAUGCUGGAGACGAGGGAGAAAAGUGACAAAGAGGAAGCAAGCCCUUCUGAGACCAACCCAGACGCUUCUGAUAAAAGCGAAGGGAAGGGCUGGCAGCACAUGUUGCGACUGGUCAUGCUGCUGCAGAACGAGGGAAACUUCCUCAUGAAGGAAAACCGCUUCCAAGAUGCUUCUGCAAAGUUCAAGGAGGCCAUAGAAUACGUGGACGCCCUUCAGAAAAUAGUGGAUCAGCGGGCGGAGGACCGGGAGUCGCUGGAGAAAGUGCGCCUCCCGCUGACUCUCAACCUGAGCCAGUGCAUGCUGGAGCUGAAACAAUACCGGCAAGUGGUGGAGCUCAACAACCAGCUGCUGAAGAAGCAUAAAGGUAACUUUAAGGCAGUGUACCAGCGGGCACGAGCGCACGCCGCUUUGUGCAACGAGGAUGAAGCUCGGAGGGACUUUGGUAUGGUGGAGAAGCUGGACCCAAAGUUAAAACCCUUCGUCCGGCAGGAACUGAAAAAGCUGGGCGAGAGCAUGCGCUCGGUGCACGCCAGCCAGAAUAAGACUUACUGGGAUACGACGCAGGAGAAGUGGGGGCCUGGUGGAAGCAAGGCAAAGGGCGCGGCAGGAAAGAAGAAAUUUUCACAGAAAGCCACUGAAGAAAAAACUCUAGCAGAUAAGAAGUCAGAAAACAGUAAGACAGAAGACAAAGAAAGCUCAGAGAAACCCGCCUCCGCUGAGACAGACGGAGCGAAUGACGCAGAAACAGAGAAAAAUCCAGAUGUGAAAUCAGAGCAGCGUAAUAAAGAGCCAGAGAGUGGGAGGGCGAGCGGAGAGGGGUUAGAUAAUGAAAAUAUGGAGGGCGUCGCGGUUCGUGAGGACGAGCAGGGUGCAGCAGAUAAUCGAGCAACAGAUAAAGACAGCGAGCCUGCGCCCACCAGCACGGGCAAAGAUAAUGUAGCGAGCAAGAGAUCGGCGAGCGAUAAGGCCAAAAAGGUCAAACGCCAAUCAGGUGCUGCACCGGGCCCAAGCAGAACAAGCAAAGGGAGCAAGGCCACUGGUGAGAAAACAGGAAAUGGUGGCACUCAAUCAGGACAGACCAAUAGGGGGCAGAGCCAAAGGAACGCAGGGCAGGCUGAGGCCAGAGAGACAAAACGGGAAAGAAAUGGGAAAGAACAGCAAUAUGGAGGCAGAGAGUGA